UGUCCAAUCAUCCAAUGCCGAGACAACACGAGGCUGUCAGCUGAUUUUCGCUAAAAGCGAAAGAAGCUGUUAUCAGCCUUGUGAUUCGAAGAUCCUUCUCGUCACGGUGCAGCCGUUCUAACACUGAUAUUACACGUCAGUUGCAUUCGUACGAUAUGCACUGAGACGAGACUGGACGAGAAAGCGCGCGGAUUAUAGAAACCGAGUUCGCGAAAGCGAUAUCCGGAGAAAGGCGAACGAUGAGCCCGCAGGCUGACGUAAGAUCAGGUGAGACAUCGCGAUCGCGUGAUUGUUUUUUGCGAGGGAAAUGUGCCGGGAAAUGGCGUGUUUAGAUGUCGAUCAGCAAACGUGCACGCAUAUCAGAAAUGGCGCGACGCAAUCUCAAAGUGACACGUGUAAAAGCGCGAGUGCCUAAAGCAGCCAAUAAUGAAGCUUCGACAAGAAGAGCAGUAAUAACUGUUGGACUCAUUUUUGUGGCCUCGUUGACUGCGUUAUUUUAUGUGUACACGAGUUUUCCAGACUUAGAAGAAGAUGAAAAGCAGCAUAUGAAGCUACCGCUUCACAUAGAAGAUGCCAAGAAUUUGGGAAAACUGUUAGAACGAUAUAAGGAUUUAUAUUACUUCCAAGUAUUGGCUGGACUGUUUAUCAUCUACAUCUUCCUGCAAACGUUUGCCAUUCCAGGCUCUAUUUUUCUCUCAAUUCUUUCCGGAUUUCUGUUCCGUUUUCCGGUCGCGCUGAUACUCGUAUGUACAUGUAGUGCAAUCGGCGCCACUCUGUGCUACUUGCUGUCCUCAUUGCUGGGCAGGCGAUUGCUGUAUCGAUACUUUCCAGAAAAGGCAAACGAGUGGACCAUUACCGUGACCAAACAUCGUGAUAAUCUACUAAACUAUAUGUUAUUCCUCCGGAUGACGCCGUUACUGCCAAAUUGGUUCAUCAAUUUAGCCAGCCCGGUAAUUGGUGUGCCAAUAAUGCCGUUCACUGUCGGCACCUUCUUCGGCGUCGCGCCGCCUUCCUUCGUCGCCAUACAGGCGGGUCAAACAUUGCACAACCUCACGUCGUCGAGCGAUGCGUGGUCGUGGAACAGUGUAAUCGUACUGUGUGUGUUUGCAUUGUUCUCCCUACUACCUGUGUUGUACAAGCAGAAACUCAAGCAGAAGUUCGAGUAAACGCCAGAGAAUGCUCCACUGACGAUAUCAUCAAGGUGACAAUCUGAUAUUUUACGAGGAAAACUUUCCUAUCAUGGAGCAGAAUCUUCUGAUAAUCUCUUAGGAAAUUGAAAAAAAAAAUUAUAUCGAAUGCGAAUUGGGAUUAGAGUCCGCUUUUUCGCACCGUGUAGUUAUUUACAUUUGGACACAUGAAUUAUACGUACAAAAUAGUACGACAAAUUCUUGCGAGCACAACAAUUUUCGCAUAACUUAUUUAUUAUUAUUUGUAAUUUAUUUCUACAAGUGUAUUUUAGAUUAUGUGGAGACAUUUAAAAAUGUAAACUAAAUAUAGGCGAAAGUGGAAA